CCCCGGCUCAAAACGGCAGCGCGCUUGGUACUAGAAACGGCGACAACAGUGAUUCGGAGACCCGGGAUGCACCCAUGUCACCCAAAGCAUCCCACCGCAGAACUUCAUCUUCCCUCUCACACCACGACUAUCUGGACAAAAAACCACCAGAAGCACACUCGCCAGAGUCCCACCAUCGCUUUGCUUCCACCAAUAACAUAAAUCAUUCCCUUGCCAACGACACUCAUUCUCCAAACAACUAUUCCCGAGUCGACCUCACCCAUCACCACUCCAGCUCACUCUCUCUAUCCGAUCUUCGUAUACCCGUCCAUAACCAAGACUUAGAUGACCUACAUCAUCAAAAACAACCUUCCAUCUUUUACAGCUCACAGGCUUUCUGGCUAGUCCUCUAUUUCUGCCUCAACCUAGGCCUCACUCUGUACAACAAGGUGGUCCUCAUUCGCUUUCCUUUCCCAUAUACCCUCACCGCCAUACAUGCCCUCUGCGGCUCAAUCGGUGGCUACAUCUUACUUGGACAUGGCGUAUUUACUCCUGCCAAAUUGAAGGACAAGGACAACCGCGCUCUUAUUGCUUUUAGUGUCCUGUAUACCGUUAACAUCGCCGUCAGUAACCUAUCUCUCCAACUAGUAACGAUUCCAUUACACCAAGUUGUCCGUGCUGCAACGCCCAUUUUUACCAUCUUCCUAUCAAGUGUACUGUUCGGGGUCCGUAGUAGUCGACAAAAAGUCCUGUCUUUAGUCCCCGUGAUAGCGGGGGUCGGCCUUUCCACCUAUGGGGAUUAUUACUGUACUCUGUCUGGUUUGCUACUUACCAUACUCGGCACUGUACUCGCUGCCUUCAAAACUAUCUUCACAAGUAUCCUACAAUCUCCUUCGUCAGCGUCGAAUGGCUACCAACCUUCUCGAUUUCUCCGUCCCCUACUCCCACCCCGAUUACACCUGCAUCCACUUGACCUUUUGACACGCAUGGCACCGCUCGCAUUUAUCCAAUGCAUGUUUCUAGCACAGAUUACCGGAGAGCUCGAUCGUGUACGACAAUAUAGUAAGGAAGAGAUGACUAGUUUUAAAGUUGGUGCUUUGGUCACCAACGGUAUCAUUGCUUUUGCCCUCAACAUAGUUAGCUUUACGGCGAACAAGAAAGUUGGGCCUCUGAGUAUGACUGUUGCCGCUAACGUCAAACAAGUACUCUCAAUAUUCUUUGCGGUUUUGAUGUUCAACCUUGCAAUUUCACCCACGAACGGGAUGGGUAUAUUGCUGACAAUAGCUGGAGGUGGAUGGUAUGCGGUAAUAGAAUACCAGGAGAAGAGAAAUAGACGCAGAAUAUAGGUACCCUCACAGUUUUCCUAUAUUUAUUGACCUUCAUUUCAGUUACAUCUAUUCUUUGGGUGACACAUUAUUAUCGUCGUGGUUUUUUUUUGUUUCUUAGUGCCCUUCGCUCAUGGUACGAGGGGACUUUCAAUUCAAUACAUAUGUAGCAAUCUAGCUUUAUCGGUCGUGAA